UUGACAGGGCGGGGCGCCUCGAGAAGAUGGUGGGGCGCGCGGCGUGUGGCUCCCGUCGCCCGUCCAAAUCUCAGUGCGGUGCACUGGCCAGCGUUUUGCUGGUCUGGAGCCCUUGUCCGCCAGGACCCUGACCCCGCGCCCCCUCCCCCGCCCCGCCACAACACGCACUCCUGCUUCCCAGCAUGCCCCGCGCCCGUAAGGGCAACGCGCCCCGCAAGGGCGGCCGGCGCCGCGGAGGAGGUGCCCGGAGUAGUGCCCAAGCGGACUCAGGGUCCAGUGAGGAUGAUGCAGCCAGCGAGGCCCGCAGCACCACCAGCGAAUGCCCCAGCCUUGUCAGCACCGCUGCCGAGGACGGCCUGGGGGGUGAUGCCGUGGAUGAGCAGGGUCAGCAGGAAGACCUUAAGGAAAAGCUAAAGGAAUAUGUGGACUGCCUCACAGACAAGAGUGCCAAGACGCGGCAGGGAGCUCUGGAUAGCCUGCGUCCAGCUCUCGCCUCGCAUCUGCUCCCUGACUUCUUGCUGGAGCGCUGCCUCACACUGGCUGAUGCCCUGGAAAAGUGCCUCAAGAAAGGGAAGGGUGAGGAACAGGCCCUGGCUGCUGCUGUGCUCGGCCUGCUCUGUAUACAGCUGGGCCCCGGACCCAAAGGAGAGGAGCUGUUCCGCAGCCUGCAGCCCCUGCUGGUCUCGGUGCUCAGCGACAGCACAGCUAGCCCCACCGCCCGGCUGCACUGUGCUUCUGCUCUUGGCUUGGGCUGCUACGUGGCUGCCGCCGACAUCCAGGACCUGUUGGCUUGCCUGGCCUGCUUAGAAGCUGUUUUCAGCCGGCACUGCGCUGCAGGCGGCUCCGCCCCUGCUGUGAUCCCCGCCAGUUUGCAUGGCCUGCUCGGUGCUGCCUUGCAGGCCUGGGCAUUGCUGCUCACCAUCUGCCCCAGCACCCAUCUCCGCCAUAUCCUUGACAGGCAGCUGCCCCGGCUGCCCCAGCUGCUGUCCAGUGAGAGCGUGAACCUGCGCAUCGCUGCCGGCGAGACCAUCGCGUUGCUCUUUGAGCUCGCCCGGGACCUUGAGGAGGACUUCAUCUACGAGGACAUGGAGGCCCUGUGCAGCGCUCUGCGCACGCUAGCCACGGACAGCAACAAGUACCGUGCCAAGGCCGACCGCCGGCGCCAGCGCUCGAUUUUCCGUGCUGUGCUGCACUUUAUUGAGGGUGGUGAAUGUGAGGAAGAGAAAAUCCGCUUUGGAUUUGAAGUGCUUUACGUGGACAGCUGGGCUCGGCGCAGAAUCUACGCAGCCUUCAAGGAGGUGCUGGGGUCCGGCCUGCACCACCACCUCCAGAACAAUGAGUUCCUCCGGGAUGUCUUUGGCCUAGGCCCCGUGCUCGUGCUGGACGCCUCUGCCUUGAAGGCCUGCAGGAUUUCUCGCUUUGAGAAGCACCUGUACAACGCUGCCGCCUUCAAAGCCCAAACCAAGGCCCGGAGCCGCACGCGGGAUAAGCGGGCGGACAUCCUCUGAAGCCGAUCACCAAGACUGUCCGUGCCCCUGGCUGUGUUUUUUAACCGAAAAUGGUGCAAGAACUGGCCCCUGCCAGUGAUUGUCACUUUAUUAUUAUUACUAUUAUUUUUUUAAAUGAGAAAAACCGAAAAACAGAACACAGGGUGGGAGGAUUGGGGAGGGGGAGGUCAGCACCCUUAGAGGUCUGGCUCCUUCCUUUGUCCCUGCACUCAGCCCCUGCGGCCUCUUCCUGCCCCAUCUCAGGGUGCCCAAGUGUGUGCCUGUCCCAGGGCUUGAGGGGGCAGGCGGGAGGGUGGGUGGGGGGCUCUGCCUUUUCUUUCUUAGGCCUUGCUCUCUUAGGGUGCCUGGAUAGGUACCCCCCCUAGCAGGGAGGAAGGUCAAGAGCUACUUGGAAUGGAAUUGUGUGCUGGUUUUUAAAGAUGACAAGAAAUGAUGUCCUGCCUA